AUGUUUUAUUUUAUUGUCUCUAUUAACCCAUGCUAUUUAGAAAAAUUAUAGUAAUAGCAUAUCUCUAAAAAAUAAUAAAAUGAAGCUACUUCUGAUAAACAUAUUGAUUAAAAUAACCUAUAAUCUUAUUAAGCUAUAGAUUUAUAGCAAGGGAUUCUUUCUAUUAGUAAUGGCAAGUUAACUUUUGAAGAGUCUGAAAAAUCACCUAAAUAAUUAAAUAUUGACUAAAAUGAAUGA